AUUGCCCCUCAUGUUGAACAUUACAAUAUAGGGGAACAAAUGGAGUUGAUCUGUUCUGCUGAAUCUAAUCCACCCGCCCAAUUCAAUUGGUUUUUCAAUGGAAAAAAGUUGAAUAAUUCACCCACAUUCUCUGAUACUGCGUCCCUCAAUCAUAUUGGAACCUAUACCUGUCAUGCAUCUAACUCAUAUACUGGCCUGAAUCGCACCAAAGAGAAGAAUCUUAUGAUCUAUGGGCCACUCCCCAAACCUACCAUCAGCAGCUCCCACAUGAUCCCAGUGGAGAACAGAGACACUGUCUCAUUGACAUGCCUGGUUAGGGAUGAAAUUCAAGUUGUGACAUAUCGGUGGUUCAUAAACGAAAGUGCCGCAUCUGGUAACAGGAUACAGCUGUCCCCGGAUAACAGGAUACUCACCAUACGCACUGUCACAAGGAAAGAUGAAGGAUCUUAUGUGUGUGAAAUCGAGAACCCGUAUACUAGCAAUAGGAAUGUUCCAUUCACACUGAAUGUUGCCUAUGGCCCAGAUACCCCCAUGAUUGUCACUGCAAUCGAUCAUUACAAUGUAGGGGAAUAUAUUGAGUUGAGCUGUUCUGCUGUAUCUAACCCACCUGCUCAAUUCACUUGGUAUCUCAAUGGGAAAAAGUUCAGCAAUUCAUCUACAUACUCUGCUAAUGCAUCCAUGGAUCAUGCUGGAACCUAUACCUGUGAGGCAUCUAACUCAAUUACUGGCUUGAAUAACACCAAAGAGAAGAGUCUUACAAUCUAUGGGACACUAUCCAGACCUACCAUUAACAGCUCCAACGUGAUGCCAGUGGAGAACAAGGACAAUGUCUCAUUGAUAUGCCAGGCUGAGGGUAUAAUAGUCAAAUACCGGUGGUUCAUAAACAAACGUGCCCCAGCCAGUGACAGGAUAGAGCUAUCCCCGGAUAACAGGACUCUCACUAUAAACAAUAUCACAAGGAAAGACAGAAGACCCCAUAUGUGUGAAAUUGAGAACCCAACUGGUAGAAAUAGGAGUUAUCCAUUCACACCAAAUGUUGCCUAUGGCCCAAAUACCCCCCAAAUUCUCCCGACAGUCAAUCGGUAUCAUGUUGGGGCAAAUAUUAUUUUGAGCUGUUCUGCUGAAUCUAACCCACGUGCUCAAUUUACUUGGUUUCACAAUCAAAAAAAGGUGAGCAAGUCAGCUACAUUCUCUGCUACUGCAUCCCUGGAUCAUGCUGGAACCUAUACCUGUUUUGCAUCUAACUCAUAUACUGGCUUGAAUAGCACCAGAAGGAAGUUUCUUAAAAUCUUCAGAGACGAGAAUCUUCCAGUCUAUGCCCAACAUACAAUCUAUGAGAACCUGAUGCAACCUGACCAAACUAUGUAUAGCUCCAGCUUCAUCAUAGAGAAUGGCACUGCGGUCUUGACCUGUGAUGUAGGGGAUGAAUAUUUCCUAGAUGUUCGGUGGUUCUUCCAAAACAAGAAACUGAUUCUAAAUGAAAGGAAGAUUUUGUCUGACCGUGGUCACACUCUCACCAUCAAGCCUGUCAAGAGGGAAGAUUUGGGAGCUUAUCAAUGUGAAAUCUGGAAUCCAUUCCUUGCCAAUACAAGUGGCUUAUUCAACCUGACUGUUGUCUAUGGACCAGAGCAAAUCAUGAUUAGUCCAAAGCCUGUUCAUGGCCAGAUUGAGGCCAUAUUCAAGGAGAAUCUGACUUUAGAGUGUCGAGCUAAUUCUCAACCACCGGCCCAGUAUAUAUGGCAAGUGAAUGAUUCUUCUAUAUCUGGAAAUUCCUCUAUAAACAACUACACUAUCUCCCAAGCAUCUUGGGAACAUGCAGGAAUGUAUACGUGCAUAGCAGUGAACAAAAUGAGCAACGCAACAAUUUCUACAAAAGUCACAGUCAGGGUGAUAUAUAAGAAGGCUCUUUCUGGAUGGGCCAUUGCUGGCAUUGUGAUUGGAGUCCUAGUUGGAGUGCUUCUCUUCAGUUUCCUGUUAUUCUUUUGGCUGUUAUUCACAGAAUCUUCACGAGAAGAAGGUGAUGAAACCUAUUAUAGCUAUCUAUAGCUCCAACUUCAUGAUAGAGAAUGGAACUGCGGUCUUGAUGUGGAACACAGAGAAUGAAUAUUUGAAUAUAGCCAGAGAGAAUGCUGGCACCUGAGAAAUGGAGCAUCUUUUUUGUAGAGCAACCAGGAGGAAUUGUUCACUGGCUGGGUUGUAGGAAAGAAGAUAUUCCAAAACAGAUGUUAUGAAAGCAAAAGGCAUCAAUAAAAAUAACAAAAAUUAUUCAAAAAAAGAAAUUGUCCGAGUGGAGACAUCCAAGUGGAUUCGAGGGACAAGAAGGUCUGAGCAGAGAGAUCAGGACUAGAGAUUUUGAUUCAAAAGAGAGGUGCUACAGUGGAUUUUUUCAGGCCAGACUAAGCUGCCUGCCCCUUUUCCCACUCUUGGCAGCCUGUCCACUGGUAUAAUGAGGGCAGAGGGGCACACUGUGUGCCCCAACC